AUGGCUCGUCUCCCCCAGCUGAUGAUUGCGCUUGCCCUCGUUGCACUUGUUGCCGUCAGCGGCUGCUCGGCGGCUUAUGCGCCCUCUGCUGAAUGGCCGCCUGUUUGGUCGGCUUCGUUCAACGACUCCCUGGGCUACGCAUCUACACCUGGCAUGUAUGCGUACGAUGCGACACUGACUGCUUCUCGCGUUGACUACCUCGAUCCGCAUGUGGACUACCUUUGCAAGACGUCUGGCCUGAUGUUUGGUGUGGAGAUGUGCUCGCAGGUCGCUGUCGAUGACAUGCUGUUUGUUAUGGCGCCCGGAUCGGCUUCGUGCUGCCAAUGCUGUUCCUACGAUCAGGGCUGUGGGCCACUCGAGCGCGAUUGGGCCGCCAAGGGCACGUACCAGGGCGUGGUCAACAUCAACGGUGUGCCCUCCGACAAGUGGCUUGUCAUGGGCGGUGAGGCCAACUACUACUACCAGACGGUCGAUCGCCACAUCCCCAUCCUCGUGAACAACUCGGGCAACCAGCUGUUCUACUACGACACCACGUCGUUCUCCACGAUGGCCAACCCGAACUUCUUUGACAUCCCGUCGUACUGCCGGUCGUCGGCCAUGUGCGAUGGGUUCUGUGCUAAGAUCCGCUCCAUGUGAGCUGUUGUUGCUCGAACGUAAACCCCCACCCCCUCCC